AUGGAAGUAUGGCAUUUCUCUAAAAAUCCAGAAUGCGAUGGCCGUCACGGCGGCUCUGAGGAAACAAUUGACGGCUCCGGAAAUAAACCUCUCCGUUGCCUAAAUUUACGCCGAAACGACGAAGACAAGUGGCUGACGGUUUCUGCGAAUGGAGACGACGAGCGCUUCGUUGACGGACGACUGCUGAUGGGUGAUCUGUGGAAGUCGCAGAUGAGAACGGAAGCAAUCAGUCAACUGCUGGCUGGGCGAGAAAAUGAGCCGAUGAUAAUACGCUCAAAGAAAACCAGUCAGUGGAGGAAUCAUUUUCGAGCCGGCCAACGACGUCACUUAGCUCAAUUGCAAUCACGCUUUAGAACCACUGCGGUGCAUUUAACCGGUUGA